UCGUGAGCCUCACCGACGGCCAAUUGUGAUCAGCAGGUACAUCAAUCAGUGCUGGCGCAGGAAAAACACACUUGCUGCAGGAUUUGUUCUAAAUUUUGUAUGAAAAAUACUCUCUACAGCUCGUAAACACCAUCCGAUAGACUCGCGAAACAUGUGGGCCGAUACGCUGCUGAUUGUUUUCAUAUCCAUCUUCACCGCCCUGCUGGGUGAAGGUCUCACCUGGGUGAUGGUUUAUCGCACGGAAAAAUACCAAAAGCUUAAGGGAGAGGUCGAAAAGCAGAGCAAAAAAUUGGAAAAGCGCAAGGAAACGCUCGGCGAAUCUCUGGAUAAGAACCACAAAAAGAAAAUUGAACGCGACGAAGAGAAGCUAAAGAACAACAACCGUGAUCUCUCGCUGGUGAAGAUGAAAUCGAUGUUUGCUAUCGGUUUUGCGUUCACUGCCCUACUCAGCAUGUUCAACAGCAUUUUCGAUGGACGCAUCGUCGCCCGCUUACCUUUCGUGCCAAUUUCGUGGAUUCAGGGACUGAGCCACAGAAAUUUGCCCGGGGAGGACUACACCGAAUGUUCGUUCAUCUUCCUGUACAUCCUCUGCACGAUGUCCAUCCGGCAGAAUAUACAAAAAAUGCUCGGCUUUGCUCCUUCGCGUGCCGCGAGCAAGCAAGCGGGCGGGUUGUUCGGUCCUACGCCGGGCCAGUUUAAGUAAUAAUGCCAUUCACUCUCACACUUUCAACCAUCCUGGACUCGGGUUGGCGAUGGCUCGUUAAUUAAACCACCCAAACCGGACGAUGUUUCGCGUUUAUUUAAAAGACUAGCGACGUACGGUACGCUUCGUUAUAUCCUGUUCAUCAUUGCAUUUUGUUUGUCUAUUUUGUUAAUGUAGCGUAGGAUUCAUCGUGUUUGUCGAUAGAUUGUGUACGAGGUUCAAUAAAUCCUCGAUGAAAAAGAGGCGUAUGUGUGUGCGUGUGUGUAAAAACA